ACUCCUUGGGUCCCUCCUCGUCCCCCAUGAUCGAUUAUCGCUGAGGAACAAGUGAUCGAACGCUGGAAUGCACUGGAAACUGUCAACAAAAAAUUCUAACCUCCAAAUAAGACAUCUCUGGAGGCAAGUCGAGUCUCAACAAUCGAAAAUAAAUGAACAAAUGCGGUCAACGGGUGGUUGUCACGGGUCUAGGGGCUGUUUGCCCUCUAGGGGUAGGGGUCAAGGGUGCCUGGAGGGCAUUAAUCGGUGGAAAAUGCGGGAUUCGGGAGCUGACGGAACCGGAGUACGAGAAACUGCCGUGCCGGAUUGCUGCACUGGUGCCAAAGGGUUCGAGUCCCUCCGAACUAGACCUCGCGAAGAAGUUCACGACAAGUGAGCUCCGGACAAUGUGUCCAGCCACAGCAUACGCCCUUCUGGCUGCUGAAGAAGCCCUAAAUGACGCCGACUGGCUGCCAGAAAACGAAACCGAUAAAAGAGACACUGGUGUGGCCGUGGGCAUCGGCAUGAUCGAUCUAGCCGAUGUCUGCACGACCUACGAAGCCCUGAAGAAGGGCUACAGCAAGGUCAGCCCUUACUUCAUCCCCCGGAUUCUUCCCAACAUGGCUGCCGGUCAGAUCAGCAUCAAAUACGGGUUCAGGGGGCCCAACCACGCGGUCUCGACGGCUUGCGCGACGGGGGCUCAUGCCAUUGGUGAUGCUUACCGCUUCAUCAGAGGUGGUGAAACCUCAGUGAUGGUCUGUGGGGGUGCGGAGGCCUGCAUCAGUCCCCUAGCCAUUGCCGCCUUCUGUCGCCUCCGCGCCCUCUCCACAAAUCGCAACAAUUUCCCCCAGGAGGCAUCACGUCCCUUCGAUAAGGAUCGCGACGGUUUUGUCAUGGGUGAGGGUUCAGCGAUUCUCGUCCUCGAGGAGCUCCAACACGCGCUCACUCGAGAGGCUCAAAUUUACGGGGAAAUCUUGGGGUACGGGAUAUCAGGGGAUGCCGCACACCUCACAGCCCCAUCCGAAGACGGAGUCGGGGCGAUUCUGGCGAUGGACAGGGCCAUCAAGAGUGCGGGAAUCGAUCCCCUCGAGAUUACCUACGUGAAUGCUCAUGCCACGUCGACUCCUCGAGGGGACACCAUUGAAUUGAAAGCUAUUGAGACAGUUUUCGGCGAGCACAGCAAGAAUGUCACGGUCUCCAGCACCAAGGGGGCGCAUGGACAUCUUCUGGGGGCUGCUGGCAACCUCGAAGCCCUUUUCACACUUCUAGCAAUCAAGGAACAUGUCUUCCCACCCACUUUGAAUCUCUGGAAUCUUGACUUCGAGGGACAUCUCAAGUUUGUUCCCAAUGAGACGAGAAAGUGGGAGGCAGGGGGUAGGAGAGUUGCAUUGAAAAAUGCAUUUGGGUUUGGCGGGACCAAUGCCUCCUUGUGCAUUGCUGAAUUUAUGGAUUAAUUUUUUAUUGUUGAGUAAUUUUUAUGAAUAAAUAUUGUUGGUAAUUUGGAA